AUGCACGUGACAACGUUGUCCUGGUGCUCGCGCGUGGCUGUCCAGCACACCCGCCUCAGCACCAGUGCUGCCUCUGUGCAAGUGACACGUUCGGAUCUUAGCUCACGUCUUGUGGCGCUGCGUGAGCGUCUUGCGAACGAGGCGCGUCAAGGCCUAACUUUUUCCGAGCAGGCGCUGUCGCUUAAGGACUUUGCGUUUGAGGCUGAUGACGCGCCUGGCACGAAACCGUCACGCAAACCGAAUGCAUCGAAUCGUAAGCCCAAGUGGUUGAAAGCGCGUCCAGCACAAGGCGCCAACUACGAGCGACUGCGCAAGACUGUCAAGAGUCUGGGUCUCAGCACCGUGUGCGAAGAAGCCAAAUGCCCUAAUAUUGGCGAGUGCUGGGGUGGAGGCAAAGACGGUGUAGCUACAGCGACAAUCAUGAUCAUGGGAGACACGUGUACGCGUGGUUGUAGCUUCUGCGCUGUAAAGACUAGCAAGAAGCCGUCGCCACUGGACCCUGAAGAACCCAACAAGGUUGCGGAAGCCAUUGCCGCUUGGGGACUUGACUAUAUCGUGUUCACAAGUGUGGACCGAGAUGAUUAUAAGGAUUUAGGUGCUGGCCACUUUGCAAAGACUGUUAGUACGCUACGUACCAAGCUGCCGGAGAUUCUGAUUGAGUGUCUAACACCCGAUUUUCAGGGUCAUGACAAUCUAAUUGAUCAGAUGGCAACGUCAGGACUUGACGUCUUUGCGCACAAUUUAGAAACGGUAGAGCGUCUGCAGCGUCGUGUGCGUGACUACCGUGCUAAUUACAGACAGUCGCUGCACGUGCUGGAGCGGGCCAAGGUGACUGCUCCUCACCUCAUGACCAAGACGUCGCUAAUGCUGGGUGUGGGUGAACGCAACGAGGAUUUAUUUCAGACGCUGCGUGAUUUGCGCAGCAGUGGAGUAGACGUCGUGACAUUCGGCCAGUAUUUGCGUCCUAGUACGAAGCACAUGCCUGUCAAGUCAUACGUGACACCCGAGGCCUUUGCCGAAUGGCAGAAAGUGGCCGAGCAGAUGGGCUUUCUGUACGUUGCUAGUGGACCGAUGGUGCGCUCGAGUUACAAGGCUGGUGAGUUUUUUAUGAAGAAUUUGCUCAAGAACCGCAAAACGAAGCAGGUUGUUGCCUAA